AUGGUUGAACCAAUUGCUGCAUUACUUGGUGCGGCCGCUGUUAUUUUCAUGGAACCAGUUUUGCCGUAUGCUCUCGCUUUCGCUGCUGGUGCAAUGAUUUAUGUUGUUGUUGAUGAUAUUAUCCCAGAAGCACAAAGAAAUGGUAAUGGAAAACUUGCCUCAAUCGGAUGUAUUAUUGGAUUUUUGGUGAUGAUGUGCAUGGAUGUUGGACUUGGAUAA